AUGAAGAACCCGUCAAAGCCCGAGGAAGAAGAAAACAAACGCCGGGCACCUGAGAACGAGGCCUGUGACCAGACAGGACUGAAGCGACCCAGAAGACCUCACAGGUGGCAGCAGCCGCCAACAGUCCCCCAGAACUCCGGGGGGCAGCACUGCCCCCCCCGUGACAACCCCGAGGCGGGUCACCGUGCGGACAGGACCCCCCAACGCCCCCCCCAGAAGCACACCCCACCCAAACACCAGGACACACGACACCCAGAAGGGACCCAAGACCGCCCCCAGCACAGACGGAGCACCUGGACUCACCCCCCCUACGCCGCCGAACUCGACUGCUGCCCACGUGGGAACCAAGGACCCAAAUCACGACCUCAUGAGCACAAAGCAGGAACCGGAACCACCCAGCAAAAUCACCACACCCUCGCUUACGCCGUCCUAACACUGCCCACACCUGAGGCCCAACAGGGGCCCCCACGAGAACCCCGGGGCGGACACUCAGACACAGAAGACCCCGCCACACGCAAACCUGAACCCCACCAACAACCCAACCCACCCCAGAACCGCAUCCUGGGCUCCAUCUGA